AUGAUGGCCUCUAAAGAUGAUGAAGGACGACCAUUAACGAAUCUUUAUGGUGAAAAUUAUAUUACUGAAACAGCGAAAAAAAAGUCUACAUCAUCGAAAAUCUCGAAAAAAAAAGCUAAAGCAGAAAAAAAAGAAGCUGAUAUAGAUGAUCUUAAAAAAGAAUUAGAUAUUGAUGAUCACAGAUUAAGUUUAGAAGAGCUUCUUCAACGAUAUGAAACAGAUCCUCAAUUUGGAUUAACAGAUGCAAAAAUAAAAGAAUUUCUGAAUCGUGAUGGUCCAAAUGCAUUAACUCCACCUAAAACAACACCUGAAUGGAUGAAAUUCUGCAAGCAGAUGUUCGGUGGUUUUGCUUUACUUCUCUGGAUAGGUGCGAUUCUUUGUUUUAUUGCACACAGUAUUACCGUGGCUACACAUCAUGGUGAAGCACCUAAUGAUAAUUUAUGGCUUGGUGUUGCGUUAACUAUUGUAGUUAUUGUUACUGGCUGUUUUUCUUAUUAUCAAGAAGCUAAAAGUUCAAGAAUCAUGGAUUCAUUCAAAAAUCUUGUUCCUCUACAAGCGAUUGUUAUUCGAAAUGGCGAAAGAAAAAAUGUGAAAUCCGAAGAUUUAGUUGUCGGUGAUAUUGUUGAUAUCAAAUUUGGUGAUAGAGUACCAGCCGAUAUAAGAAUAUUAGAAGCUCAUGGAUUUAAAGUAGAUAACUCUUCGCUAACUGGAGAAUCUGAACCUCAAAUUCGUACAAAAGAAAUGACGCAUGAAAAUCCAUUAGAAACAAAAAAUUUAGCUUUUUUAAGUACAUUUGCUGUUGAAGGUACAGCUAAAGGCGUUGUCAUUCGUACAGGUGAUCGUUCUGCUAUGGGUAGAAUUGCUAAUUUGGCAUCGGGAUUAUCAUCAGGUGAAACUCCCAUAGCGAAAGAAAUUGCUCAUUUUAUUCAUAUUAUAACGGGUGUUGCUGUUUUUCUUGGCGUUUCCUUUUUUUUCAUUGGAAUUGUUCUUGGAUAUUCAAUAAUUGAUGCUGUUAUCUUCUUAAUCGGAAUUAUUGUUGCAAAUGUACCGGAAGGACUUUUAGCUACUGUUACCGCGUGUCUUGCGUUAACAGCUAAAAGAAUGGCAAAAAAAAACUGUUUAGUCAAAAAUUUAGAAGCUGUAGAAACACUUGGAUCAACAUCAACUAUUUGUUCAGACAAAACAGGCACACUGACACAAAAUCGAAUGACUGUGGCUCAUAUGUGGUUUGAUAGAAGAAUAGUUGAAGCUGAUACAAGUGAAUAUCAACAAAAUGUAACAUACGAUAGAUAUUCAACUGGUUGGUUAGCUUUAUCUCGUUGUGCAAUGUUAUGUAAUCGAGCUGACUUUAAACAAGAUCCAGAAAAUUUAUCAAAAUCAGUUUUAGAACGUGAAUGUAAUGGUGAUGCAUCUGAAUCAGCUUUACUUAAAUGUGUUGAAUUAUCAAUAGGUAAUGUAAUUAAAUUUCGUGAAUCAAAUCGUAAAGUUUUUGAAAUUCCAUUUAAUUCUACAAAUAAAUAUCAAUUGUCAAUACAUGAAAUGUGUAGUCGAAAUGAUACGGAAAAUGCUCGCCUUUAUUAUUUAAUGGUGAUGAAAGGUGCACCAGAAGCAAUUCUUGAAAAAUGUUCAACUAUUUUUAUUGAUGGAAAAGAUAUUCAAAUCAACGAUUUUUGGCGAAAUGCAUUUCAAAAUGCAUACAUGGAAUUAGGAAGUUUAGGCGAACGUGUUAUAGGCUUUUGUGAUUUACGUUUACCAACUAAUAAGUAUCCCAAAGGUUAUCAAUUUGAUGCUGAAACAAUGAAUUUUCCUCUUGAAAAUCUUCGUUUUCUUGGUCUUAUGUCAAUGAUUGAUCCACCAAGAGCAGCGGUUCCCGAAGCUGUUGCAAAGUGCCGUUCAGCUGGAAUAAAAGUAAUAAUGAUAACAGGUGAUCAUCCAAUAACAGCAAAAGCGAUUGCACGUGCCGUUGGAAUAAUAUCUGAAGAAUCUGAAACAGUUGAAGAUAUAGCUCAAAGAUUAGGUGUGCCAAUAGACUAUGUUGAUCCACGUGAUGCUCAAGCUUGUGUUGUUCAUGGAGAUGAUUUAAAAGAUAUGACUUCAGCACAAUUAGAUGGUAUUUUGAAAACUCAUUCAGAAAUCGUUUUUGCAAGAACAUCACCACAACAAAAACUUAUUAUUGUUGAAGGAUGUCAAAGACAAGGUGCAAUUGUUGCUGUAACUGGAGAUGGAGUCAAUGAUUCACCUGCAUUGAAAAAAGCUGAUAUUGGAGUAGCUAUGGGUAUCGCUGGUUCCGAUGUGAGCAAACAAGCUGCAGAUAUGAUAUUAUUGGAUGAUAACUUUGCUUCGAUUGUAACAGGUGUUGAAGAAGGUCGUUUAAUAUUUGAUAAUUUAAAAAAAUCGAUAGCAUAUACAUUAACAUCAAAUAUUCCAGAAAUAACUCCAUUUUUAAUUUAUUUAACAACUGAUACUCCAUUAGCAUUAGGGACAAUAACAAUAUUGUGUAUCGAUUUGGGUACAGAUAUGAUUCCAGCUAUAUCAUUAGCGUAUGAAAAGGGUGAAACUGAUAUUAUGAAACGACGACCAAGAGAUCCUCAACAUGAUCGACUUGUUAAUCAACGUCUUAUAUCAAUGGCCUAUGGACAAAUUGGGCUUAUUCAAGCUGGCGCUGGGUUUUUUUCUUAUCUGGUUAUAAUGGCUGAAAAUGGAUUUUUACCAUCACGUCUUUUGGGUCUAAGAAAAUCAUGGGAAUCAAGUGAGAUAAAUGAUUUACAAGAUUCAUAUGGACAAGAAUGGACAUUUGAACAAAGAAAACAACUUGAAUAUACAUGUCACACAGCUUUUUUUGUUACCAUUGUUAUUUGUCAAUGGGCUGUAUUAAUUGUUUGUAAAACACGAAGAAAUUCAAUUUUUCAGCAAGGAAUGAACAACUGGAUGUUAAAUUUUGGUUUGGUCUUUGAAACUGUUUUAGCUGCAAUUAUUUCUUACACACCUUACUUAGAUACAGCCCUUAAUACAUAUCCACUGAAAUUUCUUUGGUGGCUUACACCAAUUCCUUAUUUUUUCUUAAUUUUAAUUUAUGACGAAGUUCGUAAAUAUAUUAUUCGACAAGCUCCAGGUGGUUGGGUUGAAAGAGAAACUUAUUAUUAG